AUGGCAUCAAGGGCCAUUGUCGCUCUACGGACAACCGCCAAAAAAAACUUGAUCAAGCUUGUUAACGAUGGUCAUCUCAUUUUCUUUCUUUCUUUCUUUCUUUCUUUCUUUCUUUCUUUCUUUCUUUCUCAGUCUGUUCAUAUCCAUCUAUCCCAAUCUGUCCAUAUCUAUCUAUCUAUCUAUCUAUCUAUCUCAUUAUCUAUCUAUCUAUCUAUCUAUCUAUCUAUCUAUCUAUCUAUCUAUCUAUCUAUCUAUCUAUCUAUCUGUCUAUCUAUCUAUCUAUCUAUCUAUCUCAGUCUGUUCAUAUCCAUCUAUCUCAUUAUGAUCAUAUCUAUCUAUCUAUCUAUCUAUCUAUCUAUCUAUCUAUCUAUCUAUCUCAGUCUGUUCAUAUCCAUUUAUCCCAGUCUGUCCAUAUUCUAUCUAUCUAUCUAUCUAUCUAUCUAUCUAUCUAUCUAUCUCAUCCUAAAAACAAGUGCCCUAAAGAAUAGAUUUCUUCGAAAUUCAUAG